CGACUCCGUUGUUUUAUUUUGAAAGUUUAUACAACCUUCCUCGCCACGAACCCAAGAGAAGAUCUUUCGCCUCCCACUGGGCAAACGAAGUCAACCUACCACAACUGGUGUCAGGUGUGGGGUUGGUACAGACUGCAAGAACGUCACCAACAUGCGAGGCCUAAUCGGCAUGUUAUUUACGCUUGGAGUCGCCUGGGGUUUUCACCGAGGUGUCGUCUUCGAAAAGGAGGGAGAUGUGCUCCUCACUGACAGCCAUUGGACCAUAGUGAUGCAGUACAACUUCACGGAAGUAGAAGAGGAAAACCAGAACCUAAGUAUAUUGCUAUUCAAGGUAAAAGGUCAGUACGAUGAGUUCUUUCAAGACCUCUUAGCGGGGAAUGUAAGCAUGCACUCUCCGGUACGAGGAUUAGAAGCAGGAUUCAGGUACGAGUAUGUAGGUUUGCAGCAGCUGGUAGCAGACUACGUCGGCCAAACCAGUGACUUGACUACCUUAGUAUCUAGCACUCGGCAAAAGCGAGGCUUAAUCGAUGCGGGAGGCCAGGUACUAAAAUUUCUGUUUGGUACUGCAACGGAUAGUGAUCUGGAAUUAACCAAUAGUAGGAUAAAUGAAAUAGAAAAUCUAAGUGAUGACCUUUCCCAUAACACUAAAGACCAAAUAACCGUUUUAGGUAAUAUGCAAUCGGAAAUUUCCAACCAUUCUAGAGCAAUAAACAAAAUUAUCUCUACCAUAAAAGAAUAUCACGAGGUGAUGCACAUAACUAUGGCCCGUAAUUAUAUCAGAGAACUUAUAUAUGCCAACCAGUUGAGAACCCUUUUUCAGUAUUUGAAGCUGAACUCAGCCCUUUCGGAGGUUAAAGAUGCUAUUAAUCUAGCUGUCCAGAGGAUGGCCAGGCUUCACCUGGCCAUUGAGGAUCUAGCUGCCGGAAAAAUGACCAGUAACCUGUUGCCUCCCCAUCAGUUCUUGAAGGUCCUGACUUCCGUGGAAAACGUAAUACCACCUCCAGUAAAAUUGUUUUUAGAUGUAAAAUUAGAGAAUUUGCAUAAUUUCUACAAAUUUGCCACAAUACAAUCAUAUGUAACGAAUUCUCAAUUGAGGGUAUUAAUUAAGCUACCCCUGAAAAAUGAUAAUCAGUUGUUUGAAACUUUCAAUGUGAUAGUUUAUCCCGUUUACGACCCUUCACUCGCAAAGUGGGUGAAAUGGGAAGUGGCAGAUCAAAAACUUGUGAUUAGUAAAGACAGGCAGACUUAUUCAGUUUAUUCACCAGAAAUCUUUGCAAGGGAAUGUAAAUUUGGCAAACUCACGGUGUGUCCGUUGUCAGACGCCUUAUUAAGCGUCUACAAACGACCCAACUGUGUAGUAGAUUUAUUAAUGAAAGAGCACGUAACGUUAUGUAGUAGAAAGUUGAUAUCUGGCUUACAGUCCCCCGUUCUAAUUAGAACACCUACCCGCUGGCUCUACGCCACAUCAAAAGAAACACGAGUUAUAUUAAAUUGUUUUGGGCGUGAUGCAAACCUGAAUGUAAGUGCGAUCACCCUGAAAGGUGAGGGUGAAAUACCGAAGCAAGACAGAUGUGAUCUGAUUGCUGAUGGCUAUAGGGUGCCUGCCCGAUUUAUCGGCAGCUCCUCGUAUUCGAGUGAAUUUGGAAAGAUUCUUUUCCCAGAAGUUGAUGGGAUGUACAGUAGUGAAGAAUACAGCUUACUGGUACAUGAUGUAAAUGAAACUUUGAAAGUCCUGCAGGGACUAGAUGAUCAGCUGGGCACCCUAAGUGUUAAAGAAUAUUCCCUAGAGGGUACAGUACAAUUACUUAGGUCCCACUAUCACAGACGGAUGGUUAUCAAGUAUGCAACGUUUAGUGGUACGUCUCUUGUUGUGGUGUUAAUUGUUGUUGUUCUGUUGCUAAGAUGGAGGGUGCGAGUUGCCGACCUGCUCCGCGCCGCCCUGGGAGGUAGCACACAGCAUCCGCAGGCCGCCCAGACAGAGUCGCCUCUCCAGACCCUCGAGGAGACUGUACGCACUGUUCCUAGAUCGGAUGCUGAUCAAGGCGAAAUUGAUCGAGACCAGAGUGGGAGUAUGUCAACCCCACGAACCGCAACUGACGUCAAACUGACCGUACGUUAAUCUAACAAGGAGUGGAAAGUUGGGCCCUGGACACUUUAAGUAAGUGUGAAAUUAGUUGCAAACUUACGACUUCAUCGGGAUGUGUGUAUGUGUAUUACUUUGAAAAAAAAAACCGGAGAUCAACCUGUGUCGAGACUGAACGAGUGCUUCUGGAUUCUUAGUCGUAGAGACAUGGUGGAAGAGUGAUUGGGGAUCCCCUAAUAUGUUUGUUGAUGUUCUCUGUAUGCUGACCACUUGGUUUUGACUUGUGUAUGUAUGUUAACGCAGACUGGUAAUGGCAGAGUUACUAUAAUUCCUUGAACAUUCUAUUAAAGUAAAUAGCAUAUCCUAAGAGGAUCAAGAAUGCUCGAGUCAAACUGGUAUCUAUGGGAAGGUAAAGCCGGCACCCCUAAACCCAAAUACCCUCUCCUUUCAACUCCCCAACCGGACUAUAGAUACACUGAAACAGCUCGAAUAACUUUCCUAAAUUUAAAAUGAAGUGGCAUUCCAGUAAUAACGCCUUUGAGAGUGUCUUGCUAAGGGAUUUUCCGGACCCCAUUAGCAAGACAGAAAAAAUGUCUUUACCAGGUCUGCAGAAUUGUAUUAACAUAGUAGGCAGGGUAUUAACCCCUGUGUUUAUUCAUAUUUUAUGUAUUCACUGAAAAUUUAACUGUUAUUUAAGGAAUUUUUGUGUCACAUGUAAGUUGAAAUGGGGUUAGACUUGUUAGAAGCUCUAAGGCACCAUUAGAAUGUAAAGGCCAGUAGGAGGAAGGUAUCGGUGAGCUUCCCCGCUCCCAGGGGUAAGCGAGGUGAAAACCAUGGGGUGCCCCAGGUCCACAAAUGCCCUUAAAUACCAAGCGUGGGGGGCGGAAUAUUGUAGUUGUAGUUUUUCUUUUUUUUCUGUGUUGAUAUUCUUUUGUGAGUUUGAGAGGAUUUGAGGAGUAUGGGGACAGUGUCCUCCUGUCGUUGUUUGUUCGGAAGAACGUCAACGUUAUGCCUAUAAAACUAAAUGAUGGUUUGUGAACCGCCUUCCAGAGUCCCCCCACGCAUUUACAGUGUAACGGCUAUCCAGCCACUAGUUUUAAGUCUUUUCACAGGGCCCUUAAGGAA